AUGAAAUCGCUGGUGGUGUUCUUCGCUCUCGCCGCUGUAGCGUGUGGCUCAAUCAUCCCGUGGGCGCAGCCCGCGCACCACGCCGCAGUCGUGUUAGACCCUCACGGUCGUCCACUCGACACUGCUGAAGUGAUCAACGCUCGCGCUCUGCAUCUGCAAGCUAAGGCCUUGGAAGGACACGGUACUCUCGUCCAUGCUGCCGUCGCCCCCGUAGCUGUCGCACCAGUAGUGCACUCAGUGGUUGCUCCUGCUGUAGUCGCCGCACCCGCUGCUGUAUCCCACCAAUCCCGCGUAGAUAUCCGCCACAGCCCCUCUGUUGUAACUGCACAUGCAGCACCCGUUGUGGGUGUGCACUCUGCAUAUGCACCUCUUCUGGGACACUCAAUUGGACUCGCCGGUCACGGACACUUGCUGAAGAAGCGUUCUCUGAGCCACUACGUGUACACCGUUCCCGAAGCCGUUUCGCACCAAUCUCGCGUCGACGUUGUCUCUAGCCCAGCUGUUGUGUCGCACGCUAUUGCUGCCCCUGUUGUCGCCCACACCGCCUAUGCUCCCGUAGCUCACGCUAUUGCCCCUGCCGCCGUCUCCCACCAGUCUCGCGUCGACGUCCGCACCAGCCCAGCUGUUGUGACCGCACAUGCAGCACCUAUUGUGGCUGUCCACUCCGCAUAUGCGCCUCUUUUGGGACACUCAGUUGGACUCGCCGGUCACGGGCACUUGCUGAAGAAGCGUUCUCUGAGCCACUACGUGUACACCGUUCCCGAAGCCGUUUCGCACCAAUCUCGCGUCGACGUUGUCUCUAGCCCAGCUGUCGUGUCGCACGCUAUUGCUGCCCCUGUUGUCGCCCACACCGCCUAUGCUCCCGUAGCUCACGCUAUUGCCCCUGCCGCCGUCUCCCACCAGUCCCGUGUCGACGUCCGCACAAGCCCCGCUGUUGUCGCUCACAGUGUUUUGGCUGCUCCCCUCACCUACGGUGUUGUAGCUGCACCCUUCGCGCACUCAGGACUCCUCCACUCCGCACAUUUAGGUCAUGCUUUGUGA